AUGCUGCAGAGCUUCCCCUAUACAGAGGAAAUCCUCAGCGCUUUGGACGAUCAGGUGUUUGAAAUCUGGACUGCUGCUUGGAGACGUAGUUGCGUGCAAAGUAGGUUGCUAUCGUUUCGUGCAAGGACGUCGCAUCCGUCGACGCGCCAGUGGUUGGACACUUGGGUCACCAAAUUGACCAGGACGGCCCCGUACAAUUUACCGGCACUCACGGACAGCCGCAAUGACUGGGUGCGUCUGCGUACCCAUGCUAACGGGGAAGACCCGAUUCUAAAACUGUGUGACAUGAGCAACAGAUGUCGCUUUGAUAAACACGUCAUUUGCGCUGGGUUAUACGGGAAGGAAAUCCGAGUAUUGAUUGGUCAAGAGGACAGUGCGGAGAACGAGGCUGUGCAUCGUCUGAGCAGGCACCUCGAGGCGCUGAAAACGGUUGCUCGAUAUCGGGACGCGUUCGCUAUCAAGAACAAUACAGUUGAGUGGGGCAAACUAGCACGCUUAUUCUUCGAUGUUUUUAUGCACGGGGAAAGCGAGCGUGCUCACGAUUACUAA